UCUCUCUAGAUCCUCAAUCGCACUGUGAAAAAGCUUUUCAGUUUUCUUCAUCAUCACUCUCUCUCUCUCUCUCUGUGUGUGUGUGUAGAGGUGAGGCGGCAAUGGCGUCGAGUUCUUCUUCGUCGUCGAGGCCUUCACAGGCGCCGAGACAACACCCUCCUCACGGACGCUCGGCUUUUUCGUAUCUGUCGAGAAGCAUCGACGGCCAACCGCCGUCCGGCCUCUCCGUUCGCUCCAAAGCGCCUGCUGCUUCCCGUCGCUCUGUCACUCCUAAUUCGCGAACUCGACCUAAUGGCGACGACGCCUCAGUAUCUACCACAGAGCCUGCACGGGUGAGAGUUGCUGUAAGACUCAGACCAAGAAAUACAGAGGAUCUUCUAUCAGAUGCUGAUUUUGCUGAUUGUGUUGAACUGCAACCAGAGCUGAAGAAGUUAAAGUUGAAAAAGAACAAUUGGAGCUCUGAAUCUUAUAGAUUUGAUGAAGUAUUCUCAGAAAGUGCUUCUCAGAGGCGUGUUUAUGAAGUGGUAGCAAAACCUGUAAUUGAGAGUGUAUUGAAUGGGUAUAAUGGGACAGUUAUGGCUUAUGGUCAAACAGGUACUGGUAAGACUUACACUCUUGGUAGACUGGGUAAAGAUGAAGCAUCCGAACGUGGUAUUAUGGUUAGAGCUAUGGAAGACAUAAUUUCCAGUACAUCUCCUGCAUCUGAUAGCAUUGAAGUCUCCUAUUUGCAGUUGUAUCUGGAAGCUGUACAAGAUUUGCUUGCACCAGAGAAGAUUAAUAUCCCAAUUGUUGAUGAUCCUAAAACGGGAGAAGUAACUUUGCCUGGUGCAGUAGUAGUUAAAAUUCGAGACCUUCAUCACUUUUUGCAACUACUCCAGACUGGUGAGGCAAACCGUCAUGCAGCAAAUACAAAGAUUAAUACUGAAUCUUCGCGUAGUCAUGCAAUUCUUAUGGUUAAUAUUCGAAGAUCUGUCCAUGAGGAGGAAAAUGACACUCCUAUCCAAGAAAACAACAGUGGAAAGGAUUUCUCUAAUAGUGUUGGCAUACCAAUAAUUCGAAAAAGCAAGCUGCUGAUUGUGGAUCUUGCUGGAUCUGAGAGAUUGGACAAGUCUGGUAGUGAAGGCUACUUGAUUGAAGAGGCUAAGUUCAUCAAUCUUUCUCUUACUUCCCUGGGAAAAUGUAUAAAUGCACUGGCUGAGAACAGUCCUCACAUACCUACUAGAGAUUCUAAACUAACUAGGCUGCUUCGCGAUUCAUUUGGAGGAUCAGUGAGGACCUCACUUAUAAUAACAAUUGGGCCAUCUUCUCGACAUUAUGCUGAAACCACAAGCACCAUAAUGUUUGGACAAAGGGCCAUGAAAGUUGUGAAUAUGGUAAAGCUUAAGGAAGAAUUUGAUUAUGAAAGUUUAUGUCGGAAGCUGGAGAAUCAGGUGGAGCAUUUAACUGUAGAGAUUGAUCGGGAACAAAAAUUGAGGGACAAUGACAGAAUUGAAAUGGAAAGAAAGCUUAAAGAGUGUCAGAAAUCCUUUGCUGAAACUGAAAAGUGUUUAGUUACAAGGUCUGAGUUUCUAGAGAAGGAAAAUGUUCGCCUGGAAACAGAGAUGAAGGAUACGUUAAAGGAAUUGAAUUGUCUAAAAGAUCAGAAUGAUUAUAUGCAAGGUGAAGCUGCGAGGCUAGAAAUGAAUUUAAUACACAGCAAGCAAUACCAGCUUGAGAGUUCUUCAUAUCAGAAAGUGCUUGCGGAUACCACCCAAAUGUAUGAGAAGAAAAUAGCAGAGUUGAUGAAGCAGUUAGAGGAGGAGCAGAUUCACUCUGAAAGAGCUGAAAAGCAGUUGGAUGGGAUGGAGAAGCUGCUAAAUGAUCAUAAAAAGUCAAUGCAGCAGCAAUAUCAGAUGGAAAGUUCCAUGUACCAAAAGGCCCUUGCAGACACAACUCAAAUGUAUGAAAGAAAAAUAGCAGAGCUAAAUCAGCAACUGGAUGAUAAGCAUGCAUGUUUUGAAAUUUCAGAAGAGUUGGAGAAAACAAAGAAGCUUUUAAGUGAUCAUCAAAAGUUGAAUCAGCUUCAGGGGAAAAAAGAGAUUGAUGAGGUCAGGAUGAAACUACAAGAAAGUCAUCGCCUGCAUCAAAAGGCUGCGAAUGAACUUGAGUUUAUUAAAUCAGAAUACAAGGUUCUGUUAACAGAAAAGGCAAAAUUGAUGGAUGAACUCAAUGCUGCAAGAAAAAACCUCCUAAUUGAGGAAAAACAAAGGAAAGCUGUUGAAUCCGAGCUACUUAAAUUAAAGAAGCUAGCACCUGAAAAUGAGGAGGACUUUGAGGACAAGAGAUCAUAUAUGAAAGAGAAUAUAUCUCAACCACUGAGUUCGCAUAAAUCAAACCAAUCAAGGGAGACAAUUUUGGGUCAGAGGGCCACGAUUGCAAAGAUUUGUGAAGAAGUUGGGCUUGAAAAGAUAUUACAGUUGUUGGCAUCUGGAGAUAUAGAUGUUCAAAUUCAUGCUGUGAAGGUGGUUGCUAAUCUUGCUGCUGAAGAUAUCAACCAGACAAAGAUUGUGGAGGAAGGUGGUCUAGAUGCACUGCUCAUGCUGCUAAGAUCAUCACAAAAUACAACCAUACUUAGGGUGGCAUCUGGUGCAAUUGCCAAUUUGGCAAUGAAUGAGAUGAAUCAAUUCUUAAUAAUGAGCAAAGGAGGUGCUCAGUUGUUGGCAAAUAUUGCAUCAAGAACAGAUGAUCCCCAAACUUUAAGAAUGGUAGCUGGAGCCAUUGCAAAUUUGUGUGGAAAUGGUAAUCUCAAAGAGAAGUUGCAUGCAUCUUUGAGAGAAGAUGGAGCUGUAAAGGCACUCUUGGGAAUUGUUCAAUCGGGGAAUAGUGAUGUCAUUGCACAGGUUGCAAGAGGAAUAGCCAACUUUGCAAAGUGUGAAUCGCGAGGAAUUAUCCAAGCAGGACAUAGAAGAGGCCGUUCAGUUCUAGUGGAAGAUGGCAUGCUUACGUGGUUGAUUGCAAACUCUAAUACUGCUUCAGCUUCAAGUCGACGCCAUAUUGAGCUUGCUCUUUGCCAUUUAGCACAAAACGAUGACAACGCAAGAGACAUCAUAUCCAGUGGAGGGGUGAAGGAACUGGAACGGAUAUCAGUUGAAUCCACACGAGAAGAUAUCCGUAGCUUAGCAAAGAAGAUUCUGAGAUUGAGUCCAACAUUUAGCGCGGAAACGCAUGCAGACAGGUAAUAAUAGAUUAUGCUGGAGCCAUCCAAUUUUUGUCCCAGCUAUUUAACUCUUUCAACAAUCUUAUUAUAUUGUAUAUUCCAAGCAAUGUACACACUCUUGAACUGGAACACGUGCUGGCAGCAUUGCUGCCUUCUGUUGUUUUAUUGAGCAUAGAAGAAUCAUCACAUAAUUGAAAGUAAAUUAAGGCUCUGAAGAAGCUCCUCCUGCUGGGCUUGCCAUAGAUAUAACAGUAUU